ACGCGCCCAAAGCAUUGUGGGAGACGUAGUCAUCGUGUUCUUCGUAAACUGUAGAAUUAGCUUCAAAAUGGAUAAUUUACUACACUACCCAGAGUUCCACGCGACCAUACUCGAUGUCAGUUAUGUAUACGGGUCCUGUGCUUCUCUUUUUGGCUCUUUGUAGUGUCUUCUGAACUUCUUUAAGGAGUUUGAAGAGUUGUUUCUGUAUGCUUCGAGGACACAUUGUAAUAACAGUUGAGAUUAAAUUGUUCUAUUUGGUGAGGAGUUCUAUCACCAAACAGAUGACGUCCUCAGGUCACAAUCCUCACCUGUUCAGAUGGAGGAGCAAAACACCUGCUAACAAGGUGCAUGUGAAGUAUGAUGAUAUCGAUCAGUGGAGGAAGCGUGUGGAGAAGGCUUCUGAGUGUGCUGUUUCUGAAGUUUUCUCCCAAAAGAAACCUCGCUCUGGCUCCCACAGCCUCUCCAUGCCGUUGCACAGUUCUGAACAGUUAAGAGACCAUGAUGAAACUUACAGUGAAGCUCAGGCUCUUCUUGGUGAUUGGCUGGGCAGUAAGUUGCGUCUGGAGCUGGAGCUGGAGGAAGAGGAUGACCUAGCGUGUCCCGCUGGGAGGAGAAGCCCUGAUGCUUUGGCCGGUGCUCAACCUGCUGUCCUGAAAUACAACAACUUUGAGGAUCUGUACAACUGCCUGGCUGAGGAGGAAGAGCAGGGCGCUGUUAGCAGCUUCCUUCAGGACCUGAUGGAGCAGGAGUUGCUGGACUCUGGGGUGAUAGAGGAUCUGGCUCUGGAUGUUGGACAAACCAGGACAAAGUUCAGAGACCCGAUUGUCACCAUGGAAGCACGACACUUGCAAGUGCGUGAGAACAGGACCCGGCGGGAGGCUGAGAUGCAGAGGAAACAGAGAGAGAGAGAGGCUCAGCGAGUGGCGAGAGAGGAGGCGCAGAGGGGGGGCCGAGGGGAGGAGAUGAGAAGGAAGCAGGAGGCUAGGAGGCAGGAGGAGAUGGUGCAGCAGGAGAUGGUGAGGCUGCGGCGUCAGAUGGAGGAGAGGAGAGGCCUGGAGCAGAUGGUCCGACAGAGGGAGAAGGAGAGAGGAGAAGGGCAGAGGGCAGCCAGAGGGCUCCAGCCAACUCCUCCACUUCCCACUAAGCAGCAGCUUCAGGACACAGAGCAGCUAUACAGACAGGAGAAAACUCAAACCAAGGUCCACAUGCAUGACCUCCAGUGUCUGCAGAGGCAUUUCUCCGGAUGGUAUUCUGUUGUCUUGGAUCGAAGGCUGCGUUUGGGUAAGGCCAUGGCUCUCUGUGACUGGAAGAGGCAGCUGAGAGUGUGGCGAGCGUGGCGGGCAGUGGUGUGGGCUCAGCGAAGGCAGCGAGAAGUGGUUAAAACGGAGGAGGAGCUACGAGCUGAAAACAGACAAUGCCGGCUGGCUGCAGAGAGUGACAGGAAGCGGUUGUUACGGCGAUGCCUGUGUGAGUGGCUGCUGUGGUGUCGGAUGGAGAAGGAACAACGAGAGCUUUUGUCCCAGCAGCAGGAGACCCGGCGCAAGAUGGCCGCCUUAAUAAAUGCUGCAUCAGCAGGCAAACUGGAGGCCACAGAAACCUCAAAACAUCAGCAAGUAAUGGCCCCACCUGAGGCCGUGUCUACCCAGCCAGAGAGGACUAACAAGGAAGAUCACCAAGGGUCAGGCCCUUUAGCCCCUAACACCUCCGCAGCACAGCAGAAAACUACCCCUGUGGGUGCAAUGACACGGCCCACUCAGCCAUGGCAGGUGACUCGACGCCACGCAGCCCCGACUGCUGCCGAGGUUCACAGUGCACAGCGGAAAGGAGGAAGUGAUGAUGUACCGGGAUCAAAUAUCAGAGCGAGCAGCAGGUAUGGGAAGAGACACACCGUCCAGCAGCAGAUCAUUACGCAGCAGAGGAAGCUGCUGAGGGAGCAGCAGGAGCAGAUCGCUAGGCUGAAGGAGGAGCAGAGUGUGGUGAGCCUGGAGCUGGAGAUGGAGAAAACUGCACAGAUCACACAGCUCUCAGUGCUGAGGGGCCAGAGAGCAAAGGGUUACAAGGCUGACCCUGCAGAGCACAGGGCACACACAGCUCCUGCAGUACCUGAAGGUCUUUGUGCACCUCAGAGGGAAGCGCCCUCACGGCAGAAGUUCCCACAUCCAAUCAUUACAGCCAUGGAGGAUCGUGCACGUCAGCGCGCAGAGCGGAGGAAGGAAGUCGUGGAGCUCAAACAGAGAAACGAAGAGAAAAAACUGGCUGAGCUGAAAGCUGCUGAGGAGCAGAGGAAGAGGGGGGAAGAGGAGGAGAAGCACAGAGCAGCAGAGAGGAAGAGAGAGGAGAAGAGACAAGAAAAAGAGAGGAAAGAGGAGAAACAGCGCCAACUUAAAAGGCACCAGAAGCUCCUGGAGCUGGCCCGUCAACACCACCACAGAAACCUACUUCUACGUCGAGGCCUGGCUCCAUGGAAACGGCUCAUUCAGCUCAGACAAGCCAACAUACAGCUGGCAGACGGUCACCACAAUCUCCUGCUCCUGAGGCGCUGCACACGAGGCUGGCUGCAGUCAGCCAGAGAGUCCCUGUCUGAGAGGGAGGCUUCAGCUGACCAACUGUACCAGCAUGCUCUGCUUCAGAGGGGCUUAAGCUGCUGGAAGAGACUUAAAGACUGGAGGUUUAUUCAGGAGCAGAGAGCCGAACGCUUCUAUCGGGCUCGCACUCUCAGGAGGUUUCUGCUGGCGCUGCUGGACCAUGUGACCCAGGAGAGGCUGAUGGAGCGGGACCGUCAGGAGCUGUCACAGGAGCACAAUAACAGACGGCUGCUGCGGCGAUGCCUCCUGACCUGGAGGCAGCUUCCGUCACUGCUGCGUAAAGAAAGAGAGAAAGAAGUGCGACGGGAGCGGCUGGGGCGGAGAGUGGCCGAGGUGCUGCCGGAUUUCGGUUCCAACCCACUGUGAUGAUGACACCUAGAGAAGCUGUCAAUGUGGAGAACAAACUUUACACACCCACACACACACACACAUCUCAGUCUCAUGUAGAAGCUCACAAUCCUCACAUUUAUUCAAGAUUAAUAAAUACAGUCAGCGUCAUACAGAUACACCGUUGUUAGGAUACCAAUAAAAGGCUUUCAGUCUUUGUGAACUCUAAUAAAAGCAGCGAUAAUGAAGAGCA